AUGUUUUUUCUCUCCGAAAUUAUAAACUUGGUAGGCUUCUGGGAUGCAGCUCUUGCCCUGUUUGGUCUUUUCAUAUUCACUUGCUUGCUAGAAAAGUUUACCAACAAGGGUCCAAUGCUAUGGCCAGUAGUGGGGAUCGCACCCUCACUUUUUCUCAACAUAUCCAACAUCUACGAUUGGGCAACCCCAGCUCUGAUCAGGGCCGGAGGAACCUUUCGCUUCAGGGGAAUGUGGUUCGGCGGGGCCCACGGGAUUGUGACCAUCGAUCCUUCGAAAAUCGAGUACAUGCUCAAAACAAGAUUUAUCAACUUCCCAAAAGGCCAGUACUACAGGGAGAGGUUUCGUGAUUUGCUCGGGGAUGGGAUUUUUAAUGCGGACAGCGAAAUGUGGAAGGAACAGAGAAGAAUUGCAACUUCGGAGAUGCAUUCGAGCCGGUUUUCGGACCACUCGUUUCUUUCCAUGCAAGUUUUGGUGCACGACAAGCUAUUGAAGUUGAUGGAGCAUGUGGUGAGUUCUAAAAAUGGUGUUGUUGAUCUCCAAGAAGUGCUUCUUCGGUUUACUUUCGACAACAUUUGCAUCACGGCUCUUGGUAUUGAUCCAGGUUGCUUGGCUUUUGACUUGCCUGAAAUUCCUUUCGCGAAAGCUUUCGAAGAAGCCACUGAACUGACUCUCUUCAGGUUCAUGGUUCCACCUUUUGUGUGGAAGGUUAUGAAGUUCUUCGAAAUGGGGUACGAGAGGAGGCUCAAAGAAUCAAUUGGAAUCGUGCAUGACUUUGCCGGGAAGGUAGUGACAGAACGAUGGAACGAAUUAAUUAAGCUCAGCGGGUUAAAAGAUAGGUCUGAUCUCCUGUCUAGGCUUAUGGAGUACACUGAUCAAAACCCACAAGGACAAGGAAAACAAAAGCGCUUUUCGGAUAAGUUCCUAACAGAUUUCUGCAUAAGUUUUAUUUUAGCUGGGAGGGACACAAGCUCUGUGGCCUUAGCAUGGUUCUUUUGGUUGGUGCAAAAAAACCCAAAAGUGGAAAACAAAAUCCUCAAAGAAGUCAACGACAUUUUAGGCGGACGCGAAUGCAGUCAGAAAAAUCCAAUUUUUACAGUGGAAGAACUAAAGAAAAUGGUGUAUCUACAAGCAGCAUUGUCAGAAUCACUGAGGCUUUACCCAGCAGUGCCAAUUGACAUCAAAGAGGUUGUUGAAGACGAUGUGUUCCCUGAUGGCACCAUGGUGAAAAAGGGAGGCCGGGUUCUAUACUCGAUUUUCUCCAUGGCGCGAAUCGAGUCCAUAUGGGGACGAGAUUGCUUGGAGUUUAAGCCUGAAAGAUGGAUUAAAGACGGCGCUUAUGUGAGCGAGAAUCAAUUCAAGUAUCCGGUGUUUAACGCUGGUCCAAGGUUGUGCUUGGGGAAGAAGUUUGCCUACAUGCAGAUGAAAAUGGUGGCUGCUGCCAUUCUGUUGAGGUAUGAGGUUAAAGUUGUUGAAGAACAUAAUGUAGUUCCAAAGUUGACAACCACACUAUACAUGCAGAAUGGGUUGCUUGUAACUCUCAAGCCUAGGUUUCUUACAACUCUGUGAGUGUGAGGAAUUGUCGAGCAUUUAUUUUUUAACUAUUUAUGGAAAUCCUAGGCUGCUGUUCUAUGUUCCUCUUGGGCAACUGGUCCAUGGAAUAAACUUGAUAUGGUAAAACCACAGGCAGUACAAGCUUU